GGCCGGUGAGUCUUCUAGUUACCAGCAACACAUGCCAUGGAUAAGGCUACGAGUCGAGGAGAACCAGAAGAACAACGCAGAGUAAAAAGGCCACGUCUUAAUGGCCCAGAUGGGUUUGAAAAAGCAGCGAAGCCGCCGUCCAAGCCCUCAGGACGUGCCAAAGCGUUUAUAUCUGCAUUUGAGACGAACGCUCUGCCCAAGGCAGCAGCAGCAGCUCGACGGCCAGUACCUCCUUCCACAAGUACUUUUGAAGAUGUAGUGCCUGGUGAUGUGACAUCAAAAAACCCGGGAAACCAUCAAAAGCUUGGUCGACACCCCAAACCGCCGGUUUCGUUUCAUCGCCCGAACCAAAUCAAGAGUACUUUUGCAGACUUAGAUGCGCCUACUAGUGGUGCGACGUCUUCGGCGUCAAAAGACAUAGAGAAACAUCGCCAACCUAGUUUGCGCUCCAAGCCGAAAUUCCUACUUCAUCCUCCUCGCGUGCAACCGCCUCUUCGUAAUAAUGGUGAAAAGCAGGGUACGGGUAGUUCGAUUCUCGCUCUUGUUCCACAAGUGGCCAAAUUUGGAGCAGCAGGUAGUGUAGAGGGAUCCCAAUCAAAACCACGUCCUGUAGUCGCUGUUGCAGAUGAAGCUGAGAGUUCAAGACGGAAGACGACGAUAUCAAUAUUUCAGCCAAACUUCAAUCUACCCCCUCCAACCACGAAAGAAAAACACCCCCUUAAACCGCCUUCUAUGCCUAACAUACCCACCGACAAGCCUGUCAUCCCACUCAAAGCUCUCGUUGCCCCUGAAAGGCCUGUGGCUCCAGCGUCACCACAGAAAAACAUGAAGACUAUACUCACAACCAAGGUCGCCCAAGUGACUGAUCCGACCAAGGAAGGUGGAAAUGCGGAGCUUCUGUCUAUUUUCCUUCAGCAACAUGGCCAUACCUAUACAUCAUCUGUUGACCGUGAGUUGCUGAGAGGCGUUGGCAUUAGCCCAAGCAAAAAGUCCCGUGCGAAGGGUUCGAAAUUUGUCGAGGGCGGCUUGGCUCAGCAAGCGGAUUACAUAUUUUCAUUAUCUAAAACUAGCCAAACUCUUUGGAAGCGGAAGAAAGAACAGGAGAAUGAGUUGAAUAAGAGAGUUGUCUCUGAUUUUCGCCUGUCGAUCAUGAAGCUUCUUCACCAGGGGCAUACACCAGGUCGACCAGGCGUUCUUCCACUGCUUGCAUUGUGCCGCUUGACUUGUCGAAAGAACACUACCAACGACUUGGUGGAUACGACGUACAUCGUUUCGUUCUCCACUCUCGGGAACGACCACGCUGUCAGAGACUUUGAACCGGGCCGGGAGGUAUACAUAUGGCCACCAUGGCAUACAAUCAUACUUUCCUCUUCGAUGAAAAGUGACCUAUCUUCUGAAAUUGAGAGGGAUUUUUCCUCUGUAGACUCCCCACGUAGUAUGCUGGUUUGUACGAGAUAUUGGAUUACUUCGAAGCAAGGUGAUUGAUGAUGGUCUAUGAAUCUGUUUCGAUAUUUGUGUGUGUAAUGUCUGUAUUUUUGGUUGGAUUCGUUGAUGUAUUUUUUGGUAGCUAUUAUCUUGUCGAUUAGCACGCACCCUGCAGUGUACUUAUUCUUAUUCUUACCAACGGUGUAUUGUAUGUGACCGUUUAGUGACAUCG